CAACCUGCGAUUUUACAUUCAAAGCAAAAAAUUUGUCAUCUUUUUUCAUGCCAGUAUUACUAGUUUUAUAAAUUGCUGAGUGCAAAAUCCACAAUGCAGACAAACAAUAGCUUUUUUAAAAGUUUUAUACCCGUGAAGAUCUAUCAAUCGGCCAGUUCGCUAUAUAUGACCUGCAUAUCGAAAAUGCCACGAAAUGCCAAUAAGCCGGAAUGCGAUCAGAGUUUGGUGAUUGAACAGGCGCUGGUUUCCGCCGUGGAUUCAACUCUGCGUCCUGUGGACUACGAGAGAAGGCAGCGGGAGGCGCGUGAGAUACUAAUCAAGUCGCAGGAGAAUCUGCUCCAGCACUUGGACCCCAUGGAUGCAGAUAGCCACCUGACGGAUGACGAUGAAGAUGCGCAGUGCGGCAAGCCAGUGCGUCUCAAGUCAAAGAUACUGCUAAACGAAUACCAAAAACGAUACGAAACGCCGCCACAGACUGAACUGGAGGACAUGGUGCCCAUCAAGGCGAUUGCUCAGUGUUCAUGGUUUGUACUGCGCCUGUUAAUCUUGGCUUGUAGCGUAUUUGUUCUAAUCUAUUGCGGCCAUUAUGACUAUUUCCUAUGACCGAUCAGCAGAUAUAUGAAGUAUGUAGUGUCUAUGAAUCGAAUUGUGGCGAAUGCGGUGACCAAAACAAAACGUUGAAUCAAGUAAAUCAUAUGAAGACCGGGAAAAAUUGAGGAAAUGCCGCUUAUGUAAAGUAGAAUAUCCGCUGGCAGGCGAACGGAAGGCGAGGUGCGAAAACAAUAAAAACCGGACGGAAGUGGACAGGGACGGAAACCGAACGACGUCGGCUCUUUUCCACAUAAAAGAUACAUAUUGUACAUACACAUAUAUAUAUUGUAAUCCAUAGACCAAUAGAUAGACAAACGGCUACUGGGCAUUUUGAGUCUGCUGCCUGUUGCCAAUUUGUCGAAA